AUGGCUACCUACCAGAAUGGCGCAGCUGCUGCGCGAGCUCUCGACGACAGCGAUGUGGAGGAGGAGGCCCUGGUCGCCGACUACCAGGAGCAGGUGCAGUACGAGGAUGGCAUGGAGCUCGAGCAGGUCAGCUCCCUGACCAUGGCCCAACAGACCGACGAUAUCCAGUCGCGACUUGUCUCGGCUGCCCAACCCCUCGACUUCGCCGCCCCUCUCGAGGUCAAGUUCCAGAGCUACGACUCCUACUGCAGCCUUUUCCACUUUAUCCUCAACUCAGAAGGCCCUGUGGAUCUCGAGCCCCCAUCCUACUACUGGGCUUGGGAUGUCAUCGAUGAGUUCAUCUACCAGUUCAACACCUUCUCUUCCUACCGCCUGCGCCUUGCUCGACAGGCCAACAACGAGGAGGAGGUCCAGAUCCUGCGCGAGAACCCAAACACCUGGGGCUGCUACAGCGUCCUCAACGUCCUCUACUCCCUGAUCCAGCGGUCCAACAUCACCGAGCAGCUUGCCGCCAGCCGCCGCAAUGAGGACCCCAUGGCCGUCGCCGGCGAGUACGGCACCAAGAAUCUGUACCGCAUGCUUGGAUACUUCUCCAUCAUUGGUCUCCUGCGUGUCCACACCCUCCUUGGCGACUUCAGCCUCGCCCUCAAGACUCUCGACGAUAUUGAGCUGAACAAGAAGGCCAUGUUUGCUAGGGUCAUGGCUGCUCACUUCUCCACCUACUACUAUGUCGGUUUCUCAUAUAUGAUGAUGCGCCGCUACGCCGACGCCAUCCGCAUGUUCAGCCACAUUCUCGUCUACAUUUCCCGGACCAAGAACUUCCAGAAGAAUGCUCAGUACGACAACCUCACCAAGAAAAAUGACCAGAUGUACGCCCUGAUUGCCAUUUGCGUCGCCUUCCAGCCCACCCGCCUGGACGACACCAUCCACACCGCCCUGCGCGAGAAGUACGGUGACCAGCUGCUGAAGCUGCAGCGCGGCGGGCCUGAGUCCCUCCCCAUCUUCGAGGAGCUUUUCAGGGCUGCCUGCCCCAAGUUCAUCUCGCCCGUGCCCCCAGACUUCGACAACCCAGAGGCCAACGUUGACCCCACGGAGCACCACCUGUCCAUCUUCAUGGACGAGGUCAAGACCAACAUGUGGAGCCCAACUGUCAAGUCGUACCUCCGCCUGUAUACGACCAUGGACCUGAAGAAGCUGGCCGGCUUCCUUGAGGUCCAGCCCGAGGAGCUCCGCUCGUGGCUGCUGGUGACCAAGCAGCGCACCAAGCAGCUGCGCUGGAACGAGCGUGCCCUGCUGGAGGGUGACCUGGUCAAUGUUAGCGAUCUGGACUACGCCAUCUCGGGUGACCUCAUCCACAUCUCCGAGGCCAAGGUUGGCCGCAAGCUGGUAGACUGGUACCUGCGCAACCUGAGCCGCACGUACGUAUGA